AUGCCUCCUCGACGAGAUGCACAACCUCAAACUAACAAAGAAAUCGCAGCCCUUGUCACUCAGCAGAUGGCUGCUGUGCUUCCGAACAUAGUAACCCAGGUUCAUCAGAUAUCCAACAACAAUAACAACAACAACGCCCAGUGUAAUUUCAAGACCUUCAAUUCAGCCAAACCGCUAAAAUUUUCUGGGUCUGAAGGAGCAACCGCACUCUUACAAUGGUUCAAAAGUAUAGAAAGCACAUUCCGCCAUGUUCAGUGUCCUAAUGAGUGCAAGGUAGAUUUCACUUCGAGUUUUUUUCAAAGGAGAGCACUCACUUGGUGGAAUGGUAUUAUGAGAGACCGAGGUGCCGAUGUAGCAAUGGAACUGACGUGGGAAGAAUUUAAAGAUCUUAUGAAGAAAGAAUUCGGCCCACGAAGCGAAAUAAGGGCACUUGAAAAUGAGUUCUAUUAUCUAAAAUAG